AUGUCGGCGACGAGGUUGAAUCGACGCGUGGCGAUGGCGUGCGCGGCGGGGAGGGGAGGGAUGAUCGUGGACGCGACGCGGAGCGCGGUGAAACGGUUUCCGGAUGCGCUGUCGAAGACGGUGCCGAUUUGGUGCGACGCGUUGAACAGGGCGUGCGCGAGGGCGAAGCGGGACGCGGGAGCGGCGGACGCGGACGAUCGCGCGUGGUUCGAGGGACCGCAUUUGCCGGAGUGGGUGGCGGAACACGAGCGGAACAGCAUACGCGCGCUCGUGCCGGAGUUUGAGGCGAGUUUGAAGUCUACGGGAUGGGACGUCGGCGAGCUCGCGGCGAUUUUGGAAAAGCCGUUUCGAUGCGUGUGGGUGAGUCGGGGCGAAGACGGCGCCGAACUCUCGCUCGAGUCGCUCGCCGAGGCGGACUUUACUCCGCUUAUACUCGUCACGGCGAGCGCGCCGCUGCAUUGGCGCGGUGAGCGGCGGGUCGGGGUGAACGGGCACAGUUUCGCGUACGUUCCGGGAGCCGCGGACGACGAGGAGAGUUGGUCGCGUGGACUCACGGCUGACAUGUUUCACGAACACCGCGAUGCUUUGCUCCACGCUUCUGAGCGCGACAUUGACAACAUCAUCGCGCGCAUCGUCGACGGUCGAAUCGGGAAGCCGCGCGAGUUGGAUCCUCGGUCUCGACUCGCGCCGCGAGGGUGUGCGCCGAUGGACAGCCGCGCAGCGGAGGAGGCGAAUCGUUCGAACGGUGCGAUUUGCGCCGGCGGCAUGCGAGAGCUUUCGCCAGAAUGCGGCAUCGGUCGAUGCUCGAUCGCGUCGUUCGCCGUGUACGAUCGCGCUGACAUGGAAAAACUCGCGGACGCAUUUCUUCACGUCGGGGAAACCGUCGUGGAUCCGAGCAAGGCGUGCUCGACUGCGUUUCUGCACGUUCCAGCGAGAAAAGCGAAAGUGAGCCGAACAGAUCUCAUGAAAGCACUGCCUCGAUGCAUCGACUUCGCUCGUCGGACGUUCGAAACGCCAGGCGCACGUCUGUGCGUCACGUGCGACGACGGCGUCGACCACUCUGUCGCCGUCGCCGUGGCGCUUUGCAUCGCCAUGGGACCGUCGCCGUGUUCAAACGCGGACUUAGACAAAGACGACGUGCGCAAACAACUAGCGGCGGUAUCGAAAACCCAUCCCGACGCCAGACCGACGCGCGCGUCGCUCAAACAAGUGUACAAUUUCUUUCUUCAUAGCGAGGUAGCCGAUUAG